AUGGCAUCCCUCAAACAAUUCAUUCGCAAUGUCCGAUCGGCUAAGACCAUUGCCGAUGAGCGCGCCGUGAUUCAGAAAGAAAGUGCCGCCAUCCGUGCCUCGUUCAGGGAAGAGAGCCAUGAUUCAGGUAUCCGGAGGAACAACGUGGCCAAACUUCUCUAUCUGUUCACGCUCGGGGAACGGACACAUUUCGGUCAGAUCGAAUGUCUGAAACUGUUGGCGUCCCACCGCUUCGCUGACAAGCGGCUGGGAUAUUUGGGCACAAUGUUGUUGUUGGACGAGAACCAGGAAGUACUGACAUUGGUGACCAAUUCGCUGAAAAACGAUCUCAAUCAUUCGAAUCAAUACAUUGUCGGACUUGCCCUGUGUGCCCUGGGUAAUAUUGCCUCCGUCGAAAUGUCCAGAGACUUAUUUCCCGAAGUUGAAAACCUCCUUUCUACCGCUAAUCCCUACAUUCGACGGAAAGCCGCCCUGUGUGCCAUGCGAGUAUGUCGUAAGGUCCCCGACCUACAGGAGCAUUUCUUUGAGAAGGCCAAGACGCUCUUAUCGGACCGGAACCAUGGCGUCUUGCUGUGCGGGUUGACCCUGGCAAUCGACAUGUGUGAGGCAGAAGAGGCGGAGGAAGGCCAGGAAGGUGUGAUAGAGAUGUUCCGGCCCUUGGCCGGUGGGCUCGUGCGUGCUUUGAAGGGGUUGACGACUUCCGGGUACGCCCCCGAGCAUGACGUCUCCGGGAUUACGGACCCCUUCGUGCAAGUCAAGAUCCUGCGUCUUCUGAGGGUAUUAGGAAGAGGGGAUGCGGCGACCAGUGAACUGAUUAACGACAUCCUGGCCCAGGUUGCCACCAACACCGAUUCCACGAAGAAUGUCGGCAACGCCAUCCUCUACGAGGCUGUCCUCACGAUUCUCGACAUCGAGGCUGAUUCCGGAUUGCGGGUCCUGGGGGUCAACAUUCUGGGAAAGUUUCUUACGAACAAGGACAACAACAUUCGCUACGUCGCUCUGAACACCCUGAACAAGGUGAUCGCCAUCGAACCCAACGCCGUCCAGCGACACCGCAACACUAUCCUGGAGUGUCUCCGGGACCCCGACAUCAGUAUCCGAAGACGCGCUCUGGACCUGAGUUUUAUGUUGAUCAAUGAAAGCAAUGUCCGGGUUCUUGUCAGAGAGCUGCUCGCUUUCCUAGAAGCCGCCGAUAACGAGUUCAAACCGGCGAUGACCACUCAAAUUGGUAUUGCGGCCGAUCGGUUCGCGCCGAACAAACGCUGGCAUGUCGACACGAUCCUCCGAGUGCUCAAGCUGGCUGGUGCCUACGUCAAGGAGCAGAUCCUGUCGUCGUUUGUUCGUCUCAUUGCUACCACCCCGGAGCUUCAGACGUACUCUGUGCAGAAGCUCUACCUAUCGUUGAAGGAGGACAUUUCCCAAGAGGGGCUUACACUGGCCGCCACCUGGGUCAUUGGAGAGUACGGCGAUAGUCUGCUUCACGGUAGCCAGUACGAGGAAGAGGAGUUGGUCAAGGAGGUCAAGGAGAGUGAUAUCGUGGAUCUCUUCAGUAACAUCCUCAACAGUACCUAUGCGUCUCCGACGGUGAUCGAAUACAUCACUACAGCGUCAAUGAAAUUGACGGUGCGCAUGUCCGAUCCUGCCCAGAUCGAGCGGCUUCGUCUCUUCCUGAACAGCCGGACAGCCGAUUUGAGCGUCGAGAUCCAACAGCGAGCUGUGGAGUACACCAACCUCUUUGGGUAUGAUCAAAUUCGUCGUGGUGUCCUGGAACGAAUGCCUCCUCCCGAAAUCCGCGAGGAGCAGAGAGUAUUGGGCGCUCCGGCCAAGAAGCGCCAGAGCAAAAUCCUCAAGACCAAGACCCAGAAGCCUGCCAAGCAGGCUGAGCAGGACAUGCUUCUUGAUCUUAUGGGUGGUUCGGAUGAGCCAGCGACUGGGCCAACUGGCAACGGGUCAUCGCAGAACACAGCCGACCUACUGGCAGAUAUUCUCGGUGGCGACUCGGGGCUCUCCUCCUCAUCGCCUGCGCCCCAGCAAGCGGCGCAGACCAACACCAGUGCCAUCAUGGACCUAUUUGGCUCUAACGGAAACGCCCCGUCGUCGUCUGUCCACCCUGCACAGCCGGCCUCCUCAUCUUUGGAUCUUUUAGGAGGCAUGGCAUCCAGCGUAUCUCCGGUUGCCGCCCCAUCAACCUCGGCACCAGCUGCCCAUGCCGUAUUCGACAAGAACGAGCUAAGCCUCACUUUGCAAGUGCAGCGGAGUAGUACUUCCAAUGCGCAGAUCCAAGCUCGCUUCCGGAAUGGGUCGAGCUUCGGUCGUUUCUCCAACGUUGGAUUACAGGCUGCGGUGCCCAAAAGCCAGCGACUCCAACUCAGUGCGAUCAAUAAGGCGGAACUGGAUUCCGGCGAAGAAGGCAUUCAAAUGCUGAAAGUGACGGCUUUGAAUGGGACUCUUCCCCCGAAACUCCGUCUCCGUCUUCGUAUUUCAUACGCCAAAGACGGCUCAGACACCAAAAUGGAUCAGGUCGAUUGGUCAGAACCGUAA